CAUCCCGCCCUCCCCCGUAAAAUCUGAAUUCAUUGGUAACGAACGAGUCCACCUUUUCAUGCCGUCAAACUUUUCUGGUCGUCGUUUUGUCACCAACAAAUCAUAUUUGCCUUUUGAGAUCAAACGCUUUUAGACGUGGCGUAUCGUCCCUCCCUUUAUUAUAAACUAUUUAAUCCCCUCCCAAAUUAUGCUCUUCACAGGUCAUUUUCAUUCACUAAAAGGCAAGUGCCGUCAUAAAAUCUAGAUCUCAAAGUCUUCCUUUUUCUGCUUCCUAUGAUUAAGUGCACCAGGUGGCACCGUCGUGAAGUGGGAAAUCGAGGAAGUGGCUGCCACUGACAGCGUGCCACGCCAACAGAUUAUUCCAAUUGGAAAUGGGGAGGGGCCCUUGUUGGGCGGGGGUACGGUUAACGGGACCGUUUCUCUGUCUGUUGACACGGGUAAUCAAAAUGAUUAGAAGUUAAUUAUUCUUGUUUGAGUGAGUUUGGUGGAACAGAAUCCUCCAGGACCUGCGUAAGAGAAAGAGAUAAAUAACCGUUUGCCUGCCUGUGGGUGUGGGAGCGUUGUAGCGGAUCACAGCAAAAAACACAGCAGUGGGGAGUUUAUUGGAAAAUAGAAUAGAAUGUGGAAGAUUCUCAGAGUCGGGUGUCAUCGGGUGAGGCAGAGUGAGCAUAAGAAUGGGGCAUGGCGAAGAGGGUUAUCCAACAAAGUCACUCGCCCCAGCAUUGUCCACAAACGUGGCAGCGACAUUCUCCACGAUCCCUGGUUCAACAAGGAGACUGCUUUUCCAUUGACAGAAAGGGACAGGCUUGGACUUCGUGGUCUUCUUCCACCUCGUAUCAUUUCGUUUGAGCAGCAAUGCCAUCGCUUCAUGGAUUCUUUUCGCUCUUUGGAGCAUAACACUCGUGAUGGACCAGCUGAUUCAACUGCAUUAGCAAAAUGGCGAAUUCUUAAUAGAUUACAUGACAGAAAUGAAACACUAUACUACAAGGUUCUUAUAGAUCACAUUGAAGAGUUUGCUCCAAUAAUCUAUACUCCAACAGUUGGCUUGGUUUGUCAGAACUAUAGUGGUUUGUUCCGGCGUCCACGUGGAAUGUAUUUCUCUGCAAGUGAUAAAGGGGAAAUGUUGCCCAUGAUUUACAACUGGCCAGCUGAGCAGGUGGAUAUGAUUGUUGUCACUGAUGGAAGUCGAAUAUUAGGUCUUGGGGAUCUUGGAGUGCAAGGAAUAGGUAUACCUAUUGGGAAGCUUGAUAUGUACGUAGCUGCUGCUGGAAUGAGUCCUCAAAGAAUCCUGCCUGUUAUGCUUGAUGUUGGGACCAACAACGAAAAGCUUCUCAAAAAUAACCUUUAUUUAGGGUUGCGUGAACCCAGACUAGAAGGAGAUGAGUACCUGGCUGUACUGGAUGAAUUUAUGGAAGCUGUGUAUGCUCGAUGGCCAAAGGUUAUUGUACAGUUUGAAGACUUUCAAAGCAAGUGGGCAUUUGAGCUUUUGAAGCGAUACCGUAAAAGUUUCCGUAUGUUCAAUGAUGAUGUUCAGGGUACUGCAGGGGUUGCACUUGCUGGGUUAUUAAGUGCAGUUAGAGCUCAGGGUCGACCGUUGACAGAUUUUGUAAAGCAAAAAAUUGUCGUUGUUGGUGCUGGAAGUGCUGGGCUUGGGAUCCUCAAUAUGGCACAACAGACAAUGUCAAGGAUGUUAGGUUCCCACCAAAAAUCACUGGCAAACCAUCAAUUUUGGCUUCUAGAUAAAUCUGGACUUGUUACGCAUGCUCGGAAAUGCCUCGAUCCAGAGGCAGCACCAUUUGCAAGAGGGCCUGGAGCUGAAGGGUUUGAUGGCUUGCAUGAGGGUGCCAGCCUAAUUGAAGUGGUGAAAAAAGUAAAGCCGCAUAUGCUUCUAGGUUUAUCUGGAGUUGGUGGUAUCUUCAAUCAGGAGGUCCUGGAGGCAAUGAAAGAAUCUGAUGCUUCAAAGCCUGCAAUAUUUGCUAUGUCAAAUCCAACAAAAAAUGCUGAAUGCACAGCAGCUGAAGCAUUCAAGUAUGCUGGAGAGAAUAUAGUUUUUGCAAGUGGUAGCCCUUUUGAGAACGUUGAUCUAGGAAAUGGAAAAAUAGGUCAUGCAAACCAAGCAAAUAACAUGUACCUUUUCCCUGGAAUUGGACUUGGAACACUUCUUUGUGGUGCUCAUCUUAUUUCAGAUGGCAUGCUACAAGCUGCAGCUGAAUGUCUUGCCGAGUACAUAACAGAUGAAGAGAUCAAGAGGGGUGUGAUUUUUCCAUCUAUUUCAAGGAUACGAAACAUUACAAUGAGAGUUGGAGCAGCAGUUAUAAGGGCGGCUGUUGCGGAAGACCUUGCAGAUGGGUAUCGAGAAACAAGUCCCAGAGAACUCCGUGAGAUGUCUGUGGAGGAAACAGUGGAAUAUGUUGGGAAAAAUAUGUGGUUUCCAGAUUACUCGCCUCUGGUGUGUGAGAACUAAGCAAUGGAUUUAUUUAACUGAGAAAAACUCUCAGGGGUCUAAUAUAGAUAUCAAUAUUAUUUCAGAUGCAUAUCUGAAAAGUUUCAAGUGGGUGCUUUUUCCCCUGAAUAUAAAUUAUGGGAGAUGGAGCAUGCCUUAGUGUAUGAGGUUGUUUUGGAUUAGUUCUCAUUAGUUUCUUGAUCCCUAUUGUAUCCACAAGUUACUAAAGCUUCUUUAGGCUAAUAGCUUUAGUCAACAUGCUGGCAAAUGACAAGAUAAUGCCGAAAAAAUCAACAGUAUUGUCUACUUCUCAUCCAAAUUUGUCACUCCUUAUUUCUAUGUGACAAGGUGGAUGAAUUGUUGUAGCAAUCCGAGAAUAUUAUUUUUUUGACAAAAUGAUUGGAGAAUCAUCACUUUUAAUUGUUCUCGUUUGGCAAAGAUGCCAAAUUUGAGUUUCUUGGUAGAAUGCAUUUUCUGAGAAUCUUCACUUGCAAGAUGGAUAUCAAGAAGAGAGAUGUGUCGGUUAUCA